UCCCAUCUUCUUAAAUUAUUAUAAAGUUGUUAAGAAUAUACAUUGCCAAAGAAAUAUAAUGAGUUUAAAGCUUCAUAAGACAUCAAGUCGCAUUGAAGUGUUGGCUUCACACAUACUCACUUCACCAUCAAUGGCUUCCGAAGAAGAAGCUGCUCUUGCUGCUGCGUCUACUCCUGUUGAUUCUCCCACCAUAUUUGACAAGAUCAUUAACAAGGAAAUUCCUUCCAAUGUUGUUUUCGAGGAUGACAAGGUUCUUGCUUUUAGGGACAUAAAUCCUCAAGCUCCAGUGCAUAUUGUUAUUAUUCCCAAGGUUAAGGAUGGAUUAAGUGGACUCUCCAAGGCUGAGGAAAGGCACUGUGAGAUUCUUGGACGACUUCUUUAUACCGCAAAACUUGUAGCAAAACAAGAAGGCCUUGACGAUGGUUUCAGGAUUGUGAUUAAUGACGGUCCGAAAGGAUGCCAAUCUGUUUAUCAUAUUCAUGUCCACCUUCUUGGAGGACGCCAAAUGAACUGGCCUCCUGGCUAAGAAGAAUUCCAGCUAUCUAAGAGAAUGGAACAAUACACGACUUUUGUCGCUUCCUGCAAAUCGCAACUAAGUAAACCGUCUAUGGAAACUAAACCGAAAUAAUGUAGUCUGUUAUUAUCUUUUGUUUGUUGACUUGUAUUUCCUCGACUUAUGUUCUAUUGAACAUGAAAUUGAACUUGUACUAGCCUACCGGGAUUUAUUUAUGUUAGUCGUGUAACUUUCUCCUUC